AUGCAUGCUUGUACUCAGCAGAGGCGUAGCAAGUCCCUCGUCCACUGUGGGGCUCGCAGCCUUACCGCUCUGGAAAGUGCUGCUCACGGCCAACAUCAGGAAGAGGAGGAGCGGCGGCAGCAGCCGCGGGGCCGCCACGCAGGGCUCUCGAGGACGCACGCGCCUCAUGUUGGGCUUCGCGGGCUGAAGCACGCUGGGAGCAAGUCCAUCCCUCGGCGGGUCUUUUAUCCCUCCAAGCCCAGGCUGCAGCGGAAGGAAGCCGGGGGCGGGAGCCCUGGGCCACCAUUGAGGGGGGAGUCGCCGCCGCCGCUGAGGGCAGAAUUGCUGCAUUGCCAGGUCCUGAGCAUUGCUCUUCUGGGCGUUUUCCUGGCCCCCAUCUUGGCCAGUGAUAAUAUCAGUGAAAAGAACCAGGGAAAUGUCGGGGGGAAUUCCCACCAGUCCGUGAACAUCGAUAACCAAAAGCAGGUGGUGAACGUCGACAACAACAAUGGCUGGCACUCUUGGAACACCCUUUGGGAUUACCGCAGUGGGUACAUGGCGACCCGGAUACUCUCCAAGAAAGCCUGCGUGGUUACCCGAAUGAAUAAGCAGAUCAUGCCGGAUAUCACCACUCUUCCACAGGCCAUCAGGGAAAAGCAGAAGGAUAAUUCGAAAGGACCUGCCCGAAAGGAUAUCACAUAUGUGGUCUCUCCCAAGAGGAUCACUGAUCUGUCCCCAUAUGGGAAGAGUGUUGAAGCCAUGUGCAAGGGCCUUCCGACCUACGCUGCGUAUGAAGUUAGAGGGAAAAACUUCUUUUACUAUAGUGGCUCCUGUUUCAGAGCUAACCUCCUCUGCCUUUUGGGCAUCAGCUUCUGUGGCGAAACGGUGGACUAUUAAUCAGCCUCCAACUGCUCCGACCUGACAACUUGCCCAGUGCUUAGAUUAAAA